AUGAUGAAGACUGUGUUCGUGGGCUGGCAUUGGUAUAGCAGUGAGUUGGUAGAAGGCAGGAUUCUCUUAGUUUGGAGGGAUGGCAUUGUUCAAGUUAAUAUAAUUCAGGAUAUGGACCAGCUUGUUCAUUGUGAAGUGAGGAUUAAGGGAACUAUUCAUCACACUUUUGUGUCAUUUGUUUAUGGUAGAAAUUCGUUGGAGGAGAGAAAGGAGCUUUGGUCUCAUCUAACAUGUCCUCAGGCUUCAGUUGAACCUUGGCUGGUUGUUGGGGACUUUAAUGCUAUCUUCGAUUAUGAUGAUCGUAUAGGGGGUCGAGUUGUUACUAAAAUGGAAUGGGGGAUAUUUGUCUGUGGAGAGCUAAAGUUUUGCUGUCUGAAUUGCAUUCUAAUGGUUCUUUUUACACUUGGUCUAACAAACAGCAAGCUGAUCCCAGAAUUUACUCUAAGCUGGAUAGAGUUUUUGUCAAUGAGUAGUGGUCAGAUUUAUUUCCAGCUUCUGAAGCUUACUGUUCAAUUUAAGGAGUUUAGGAUAAGGCCUUUUAGAUUUUAUAAUUUCUGGAUUAACCAUGAGGAGUUUCAUAGAACUGUUCUUGAAAGCUGGUCUAAACCAGCUGGUGGUUAUGGGUUACAACAAGUUUUGCAGAAGUUAAAGAGGCUUAAACCUGUUUUGAGUCUCUUCAAUAAACAACAGGUUGGGGAUGUAGUUCAGCAUUAUACAGCUGCUAAACAGAGGUAUGAAAGUGCUCAGUACAUGUUGCAACAGUCUCCUUCUUCGUAUUCUUUGCAGCAGGAAGAGAAUGAGGCAGCUAUUGAUUUUGCUAACAAAUCCAAAAUAUAUGAGAGUUUUCUUCGUCAAAAGAGCAAAAUUAAUUGGCUGAGAUUUGGAGAUGAGAAUACGGCUUACUUUCAUGCUUCUCUCAAACAGAGGAGAAUGAGGAACCGUAUUUCUAGCUAUAUAAAUGAAGAAGGUCAUAUUGUGGAGAAUUAUUCUGAGGUAAUUGCUCAUUUUUAUAACCACUUUAAAGGUAUUCUGGGUAAGACUAGUUCAGCUACUAGUCGGUUAGAUCUGAACUGUUUCAAACAGGGGAAUGUAUUAACUCUGGAGCAACAACUCAGUCUGAUACAACCUUUUACUCAGAAAGAUGUUAAGAGAGAUUUAUUUAGCAUUCCUUCAAUCAAGAGUCCAGGUCCCGAUGGUUUUGGUUCGGGCUUUUUUAAAGCGCUUCGGAAGGAAAUAGGUGUUGAAAUAUCAGAAGCGAUUUUGUUAUUUUUUAAGAAUGGAGAGAUUCCUGCUGAGUUAAAUAGAACAAUUCUAACUCUAAUUCCUAAGGUAGAGUCUCCUACUGUGGCUUCUGAUUUUAGACCUAUUGCUUGUUGUAAUAUUCUCUAUAAAUGCAUUUCAAAGAUGUUUUGCUUCCAUUUGGCUGAGAUUCUUCCUAGGAUUAUACACCAAAAUCAAGAAUCUUCUUAUACUCUUCUAAUGAAUGGGAGAUUACAGGGUAGUUUUGAGGGGAGGAAAGGUUUAAGACAAGGAGAUCCUAUCUCUCCUCUUCUUUUUGUGCUGGGCUCAACUAAUAAUCGCAGCAAGUUUCAUUGUACAUCUUGGGCUCAAGUUUGUCUCCCUAAAGCUCUUGGAGGUCUGGGUUUUAAGGAAGGUUCUGUUUGGAAAAAAAUUAUUUUGGCUAAAUUCAUUUGGGCUUUGUCAACUAAACAAGAUGUGUUAUGGGUGAAAUGGAUUGACGGGAUCUAUCUUAAGGGUCAAACUUUCUGGUCUUACCAUCUUAAACCUGAUGUGAGUUGGUACUGGCGUAAAAUUUGUUACUUGAGAGAGACAUUUCCUGAAUCUGUUUUGGUUAAUGCGGCUGUGAAUGGUAAGCUUCGGUUGAAGGUUCUGCUCAGUAUCAUUCUUCAGAGGAAUAUUGUUGAUUUUGCUAAGGCUGUUUGGUGUUGCCUCUCAGUCCCUAAACAUUGA